UACGAUCUGAUUUCUGAAAUUGAUUUUUGAAAACUAGGUUAUGUAUUAUAAUUAUUCACAUUUUUUCCAUUAUAAAGCAAAUCCAUAAAUACACAUUGGUUUUUGAUAUUUCUUAUAAUCAACAUGCUGUGGAAUACUGAACAGAAUCUUAUAUAGAUAUUUUAUUUGUGUUAGCGUCAAAAAUUAAUUACUUAAUAUUAGCAUACGUUUGAAUUUUGCUGCACAGUACAUUUAUAUACUAAAUCAGCAACACGCCAACACGUGAUAAAUUUUAAGGUUAAGACUGUGGUUAAGAUAUCUUCAAAUAUAGUUAAGAUACAAAUGUGCCGUAAUUAGUAAGGUUAGCCGCAUCAUGAUCUCCAAAUGUCUUCUAUCUACACAAUUUCUGGAGAAGUUGAAUGGUAUUGCUGAUUUGAAGAAGCAGCUUUCACUAGCUUUGAAAGUGGUCAAAACGCCUGAUCUGCCGAUUGCGAAAAAAGAAGAAUUAAUUCUCAGUUGGCUUGUGGAAUGCAUACAAUCUACCAUUAUUGUACAAUCGGCUGAAACAAACGUAAACGAUGACAAGCGUGGUCGCAAGCUAAUCAAGUUGUAUGCAACUCUACUUGAUUGCUUAGCUUGUCCUCAGUUGAAAACUCAUCAAAUUGAUAUCAAGCGUUCCUUGUGUGAAGACAUUAUCGAAGUUGUAAUCAACUAUGGAUAUAAAAGUGGAGUGUGUCAGAAGAUUUCACAUGAAUGUGUUUUGCUCAUUCUGGAAAUUCCUAUAUUCUCACGAAUAUUCAAACAAGAUGUUGAACAAUUACUUACUCUCAUGAGAUUAUUUUUUCAACACAGUAAGAAUAAUUUUGAAUCGGAUAAAGAUAUUGAUGGCUUAACAUUGGCAUUGAGAACAUUAUCAACCACCUUCCGAAAUACCUUAUUGAAAAAUGACUUUCAGUGUCAGUUUUUGAAUGAAACUGUUGUUGAAAUUAUUGCAGUCGCGAUUCAACUAAAAAACAAUGCUUUCGAUACUGAAGUUUCUAGAUGCUUACAGCAGUUACUGUUCACUGCGCCUGCGCAUCAUGACUACCUAGCUGCAAUGACAGAUGCAAGCAACUUUGAAAAUUCCGCUGCUAUUGUAAAAAGAAUCUUGAAAUUUCCAAAAACCAAUGAUCCUGAAGUUGUAGCAUAUUUUUAUCCUCACUUUCUAAGUCUGUUUGCAAAGCAUAAGGGUAACAAAGAUUAUACAUUUGAUAUGUUCCAAAUCCUUGCGACUGUCAUCGGUUACAAACCGCUAGAAGGUCAUAAAAACAACUCUGUGAAGGUUUGCAAGGGUUUCAAAGGAAACUCCACAAUGCUGGAGAUGUUGACCACUCUGAAAGAUUUGAAUAUUUCACUAGAUCGAGAAGUCGAUAAAGCUCUUGUUUCGAAGUGGCUUUCAGAUUCAUUGAAAUCCUAUUCUUCGGCUGAUGAAGUCCCAGAAAAGAUUGAACAAUUGAAAUUAUUCAAAGAAUUGUUGUUUUUCGUGGAUCCAAUUGUAAUUGAACAGAUGUUCCCAAAUUUUGUAUCAAAUGUUAUGCUGAGUUACAAGACCUCGGAUGAUUUGAGAGCAAUAUACUGUCAAACACUCACUGAAAUCUUUCACGUUUUCGAAAAGCUGAGUAGAGUGAAUAAAUUUAUUUCGAAAAUGUUGGAUGUUAUUAUUGAUGAAAAAGUGAAAAAAGGAUUACACAUUCCCUUGUGCGAUAUUUUUCCUGAAGAAUUCUGUAGAGCAUUUGAUAAAGCAGUGACUACUCAACCAAUUGGCGCCUCUGUCUCAUGUUUGGCUGCUUUAAGAUGGCAUUUCGAGAAUGUUCUUCUUCCCAAGCUGGAAAAGGAGCCUAUCAAUGAUGAUCAAGAAGUAUUCAUUGAUGUUGUAUUCUGUCUAACAACUCAUUUAUUGAGUAACAUGUGCAUCGUAGAUGAUUCUGUCUCAACAAUUGUGCAAGAAAAGUUCAGCGAUUUCUUUGACCAACUAGCAGUUUAUCUACAACGAUUUGGAAAAGCUCUACUGACCCACGAUUUUAAUAUUAGAGCAACAAAGGCGUUCUUCAAACUCAGUUAUACUUGGGGAGCUUUGAAUCUACUUUUGAUAGCAUACAAGUUUGAAGGAAAGGACUUGAUUGUGGAACAAACGAAUGGCAGUGCUCCAAAUCUCUCCUAUGUUCUCCGCUAUCUGUCCGAAAGUGAGUGGCAAUCACUUGCUGCUCGGGUCUUGGAAAGUAAUGAUGAUGAAAUCAAAUCUUCACUGUUCAAGCUCAUGAUACAAAAAAUUGGUGCCCUACGAUCAAAAAACAGAUAUGAGCCAGCUGUUGAGACUGCUCGUUUUCUCUUGGAUAAUGCCGGUCCUUCUUGGUUGUGUGAAAAUUCAAGUAGCUUGUUAUUCUUUUUAGAGAAAAGUGAACUCCUUCAACUCUCUAAUAAGCUUUUGAAGUGUAAAAACCAAGAUAAUUUGAUAGCGUUGCUAAAAAAGGACGAGUUUCAAGAAAACAGUAACAUGGUGGCUGCUAUGAGUAUAGCAAUUCUUUGGAAAAUUGCCGGAAAACUAAAGAAAUCUGGACCGAGCAACUUGAAAAAUAUCCUACUGAAGUUGGAUCUAGAGAUGAUUAUCGGAGAUGAAACAGAUCAUAAGGUCAACGAGGAUAUGACUGGCGUGUUAGAGAAUUUGGCAAAAAUAUUAUCUGAAGGAUUGGCGGAAUCACCCGAUCAGUUAUGCAUUGUCACAUCUCACAUAGAGAAGUUAAUCGAAUUGCUUUCAAUUCUACCUUUGAGUUAUGUUAAGAACAACACACAAUGUGGGAUACUAUUUUGUUUAUUCGACAUUGUCCAUUGCUUGGAAUACAAUGCUGUUCUCUUCGAGUUGAUUGCAAAUAUAUUGGACAGUGACGACACUAUAAGGUUUCCUGCAAACCUCGACUGGCACAUCCUCAUCCAUAGUGUUUUCACUAGAGCAGAAAAGUGUCCUUUUAGAAACGCCUUGAUCGAAUGUCUGAUAAAGGCAGCUUCUUGCUCGAGCGCUAAUAUAAAGAAGAUAGUUAGCUCUCUGUCUUCCUCAGCCAGUGAAGAGAGCAUCAUAAUUAGUACAAUCAUCUCCCAAGUUCUACCUAAGAUCAUGCGCAACAAACGUAAUUUUGAUGGGGCUUCGAAGAAUUCAUUUCAGCAAUGUGAAAAUGAAAUUCGUAAUUGCUUAAGUAAUGUUUCAAACAUGAAACCAGAAUUACGUUGGCUGCCGUCUUUUGGAGCUGCAAUCCACUAUCACGUGAAACCAAACUGUGAAGUUGAUGCAAAUGAAGUAAAAAAAUUAUCGAAAUUGAUACCUCAGUAUCUUGAUUUGAUGCUCAAUAACAUUACUUCUACUGAAGCGUCCACUGAGAGUGACCUGGAAAAAGAGGGAAGCUUCUUAGAACUAAUUCUGUCGAAUAGAAAACAUUUUGAAUUCGAUCUCCCGAAUGACAUGGGGCCAUUAUGGACUAAAUUGGCUGGACGUCUCCCUGUUCAAAAAUUGCAGUCUAUUUUGCAGCUCGUCAACAUUGAUCAGUUCUCGUGUAUACUAGCAACUCUAAAAGACAUUACGUCAUCUCUACUCAAAAAAACAGAAAUGACAGAAGACGUUUUUCUGCUGUGGAGAGUUUUGGUGAUUGCUCAACUCAGCUCCAAGAAAGAGGUGCUUCGAAAAACAGCCGUGAACCACUUGUCCGAUGUUCUUCUGCAACUGACAUUCGUCUGGAAGAAGUCUGGUUUGAUCAUGAAUGUUCAUGAAUUAUUGAUCGCUUUUGCCGCAGCUGUUCAGGUGGAAAUGACGAGUGACCAUGUUGGAAUGUGUUUGGAGGUUGUGAACGCUACGCCUGUCGAUGCCAGACCAGAGGUUCUAGGGCGGGCGGUCGAUCUGCUGUCGCAUCUGCUGCGCUAUCGGUCGGCACUGAUGCUUGAUCACAUCCCACAGCUCUUCCAGCAAAUGUCUCAUCUCAUUGCCAUUGUGUGUCGCUCCAGCCACCUCUCAAACAUCAAGUACCCUGCCAAACAACUUGCCGCGGUCGCUUUCUCCAUUGAAAAGCUAGCAAAUGUUAUGGUAACUGACCAUAAGAGGCAUUUUUCAAGAGUGGCUCAUCAUUUUCUGGCUAACGUGCUGCGUAACUUUGAAGAAUGGACCGUCGAAUACACUGUCAAGGUGCAUUUACUGAAUGUCAUCUUCAGUUUCCUUUCUCUCUGCGACCAACAUACAAUUUCAUUCUUGAUGAGAUGUCUACCUACCACUCCACAGCAUAUGUUCAAGGAUAUACGUGAUCAAUACAAAAAAUAUCAUGCAUUCACUGGAAGGGUUUAAUAUGAUUAAGGACAAUUUCUGAAUAAGAACGAGGUAAAAAAUAUCUUCUAUUUUUAAAUCCAUCUCUGUUAGUUAUUGUUGUAUUUUAUCGCUUAUCUCUUUUUCUGUAUUAAAUGCUUUCAUAUGUUUAA